CUGUGGCCCAGGCCCCGGGGACCAGCCUGCUGGCCUCUAAUUCCUGCCGUCUGCUUUCUCCACUGGUAGCCAUGUGGGGACCAGGAAGAGGCACAGGACAGAUCCUUCCUGCCCCAGCUCUUACCAGCCAAGGUAUCCUCUUGCAGUGCUGGGAUGGAAGCCAGGCCUUGUGCAGGUGAGAGCGGCUUCUGAAUUGAGCCUGCUGUCUGCUGUGAGACAAGAUCUGCCACCAGGGCUGUCGUCUUGCUGCUGAAAGCUGUCGUGACACAGGGCAAGGCUUGGAGAUCCAAGGCGCUGCGUGGCUGCAUACUCUGAGUUCUUGCCGCCGCCACCGCCGCCGCCGGGAUGGGGAAACAGAACAGCAAGCUGCGGCCCGAGGUCAUGCAGGACUUGCUGGAAAGCACGGACUUCACGGAGCACGAGAUCCAGGAGUGGUACAAAGGCUUCCUGAGAGACUGCCCCAGCGGACAUUUGUCCAUGGAGGAGUUUAAGAAAAUAUACGGGAACUUUUUCCCUUAUGGGGACGCCUCCAAGUUCGCAGAGCACGUCUUCCGCACCUUCGAUGCCAACGGCGAUGGGACGAUAGACUUUAGAGAAUUCAUCAUCGCCCUCAGCGUGACCUCGAGGGGGAAGCUGGAGCAGAAGCUGAAGUGGGCCUUCAGCAUGUACGACCUGGACGGCAACGGCUACAUCAGCAAGGCGGAGAUGCUGGAGAUCGUGCAGGCCAUCUACAAGAUGGUUUCCUCUGUAAUGAAAAUGCCUGAAGAUGAGUCCACCCCAGAGAAAAGGACAGAGAAGAUCUUCCGCCAGAUGGACACCAACAGAGACGGAAAACUCUCCCUGGAGGAGUUCAUCCGAGGGGCCAAGAGCGACCCGUCCAUCGUGCGCCUCCUACAGUGCGACCCCAGCAGCGCCGGCCAGUUCUGAGCCGCGCCGCGUCCCGAUCUGCUUGUGCCCUUCCACCGCUCUGUGUAAUGAGCUGUUCUCUGCCAAACAGUACCGAUGGCGGCGCUGUCCCCUGUGCAGCUGGACGCCCCUUCUUCCGUGACACCUUCACCUUCAGCUUCGUCGCCGUGGACGCUUCAUGGGAAUGCAGAGCCCGUGUGCCUGUGGAGAGCAUGAACAGACGUCGUGGUGUCGUUGUUUUGUGACUUUUUACCUGUUGUUAUUAUUAUUUUCUUUGGAGCCUGAUGUCUCUGUUCUAAGACCCAAGCUUGGAGGGCAGCGGACGGGAAUCCCUUCCAGCCGGCGAGGCCACGGACGCUUCUGGGGGCCUUGUUGAAAUGACCAAACUGGCCUGGGCUUGCACACACUCUGGGGGCCACGGAUGGGGCCAGAAGCUGGCUUCCCCGAGGACAGUGACCCUCGGGGCGAGGCUAGGGAAGGGCGCCGGGGCACCCGCGAGCCCCACUCGCGGCCCAGCAGGCUGUGGUUUCUAAGCUGUGAACAUUUCCAGGUCAGUUAGGAGCCCGGGGGCCUGCGGGAGCUCGGCUGGUGUUUCCGCGUUUGCGCCCACUGAGCUAGGGUGACUUGCUUCAGAAAUCAAACACAAAUGGUCACACAUCCCCAAACCAGACCCAUCUUGUUGCCUGUUGUGAUUU